UUUCUGUCAGAACUGUUAGGAGGAAAAUAUUUUUAAAUAAAACGAGAAGUCGAAAUGAUCAAUAAAAUGUCUACUUUCAAGGACUGUAUACGGAAAUUCGCAUAUUAUGUCCCUGCAUAUAACCCUCCUGACAUACAAGAUACAAAGAAAUUACGCGAAUUUAUUAGCAGGCAUGAGAAACUUCUUGUAUUAACAGGCGCAGGAAUCUCUACUGAGUCUGGUAUACCAGAUUACAGAUCCGAAGGGGUUGGUUUAUACGCUCGCAGUAAUCACAAACCAGUACAAUACCAGGAGUUUGUCAAGUCUUCCAAAGUCAGACAGAGGUACUGGGCACGAAACUUUGUCGGUUGGCCGCGAUUUAGUUCUAUACAACCAAAUAAUAAUCACUUUGCAAUUAGAGAACUAGAAAAGAAAGGCAAGGUUACAGCUAUAGUAACACAAAAUGUGGAUAGACUUCAUCAGAAGGCUGGUUCGGAGAAUGUCAUUGAGCUUCACGGCUCCGGAUAUCUUGUUAAAUGUCUCAGUUGUUCCUAUGAGAUAUGCAGACAUAAAUUGCAAGAAAUAUUAGAUACAAGAAAUCCCGACAUAAAAAAUAAUUUCUCAAUGAUCAGACCAGAUGGAGAUGUUGAAUUAUCUAAAGAAGAUGUAGAGAAGUUCCAGCCCCCGACUUGCCCAGAAUGCAGAGGACCUUUGAAACCUGAUAUUGUAUUCUUUGGUGACAAUGUUCCAAAACCAAGGGUGGAGUUAGUCAGAAGUCAUGUUUCCAAAAGUGAUGCUGUGUUUGUCCUUGGCUCAAGUUUAACAGUCUAUUCAAGUUAUAGAAUAAUUUUGCAAGCAAAAGAGGAAAAUAAGAAAGUUGUUAUACUAAAUAUAGGACCAACCCGAGCAGAUGAGCUAGCCGAUUUGAAAAUUUCAACCAAAUGCGGAGAUGUGUUAAUGGAAAUAUGUAAUAAUUCUAUAUAGCCAAAAUUGUAUAAAACUUGUAAAAUAACUUGUUGGGUAUUGGUAAUAUACUAUCCCAAUAAAUAUAAAUUUUAUUAUUAUA